CUCUCUCUCUUAACUUUCUCUCACUAUAACCAAAUCCCAAAAAUGGCGGACUACGCGGGCGCCGCCAUGUCCCUCUCCCAAGGCGGCGGCAGAGACCUCUCCCCGACCUCCGACGACCAAAACAACGACUCUGACCAAAGCCCCCGAAGCCUCCAGGCGAAGACGUCUUCCAAGCCCCGCAGGAUGGCUCUCCCCCUCUCCUCCUCCUCGCCAUUGUCGGAGACGACGAGGAAGCCGCGCGGUCGCCCCCCGGGCUCCAAGAACAAGCCCAAGCCCCCCAUCGUCAUCACCAAGGACUCCGACUCCGCCAUGAAGCCCGUCGUCCUCGAGAUCUCCGCCGGAUCCGACGUCGUCGACUCGGUAAUCCAGUUCGCAAGACGGCGGCGCGUGGGCAUCACGCUCCUCAGCGGUUCCGGGUCAGUCUCCAACGUCACCCUCCGCCAUCCGAUGUCCCACGCACCCGCUCUCUCCCUCCACGGCCCCUUCACCCUCCUCUCUCUCUCCGGCUCCGUCGUGGGCCCCACCAACACCAACACCACCUCCUCUCCCACAGAGACGACAACGUCGUCGUCUUCCUCCUCUCCAACGACAUCGUCGAAUCCGUCGUUUGGGAUAUGCCUGGCGGGGGCGCAGGGGCAGGUUUUCGGUGGGAUCGUGGGCGGGAAGGUCAUAGCUGCGAGCGCGGUGGCGGUUGUCGCAACGACGUUCGUUAACCCGUCGUUUCACAGACUCCCCGGAGACAAUCAGGACAAUGUUGAAGGUACUCAUAAUCACGAUCAUCAGGAGAUCAAGCCUUGUGUCGUUGGCGGGACCCACGAGACUACUUACACUAGUACAAGCAGUGCUUGUACUCAUGUGGUGAGUCCGACGCCGAUCAAUUGCCAGCUCUCUUCUCCCGAUCAUCAUGUCAUGCCUAGUUGGGGCCACUCUUCUCGUUCUCCUUAUUAACAUCGACGAAAACAACAAGACAAAGAACAAGAUUUUAAUUUUUGUUACCAACAAUAUUGUUAGUUUUAAAUCUCUGUCUCGUGUUCUAGUUGCCAUUUUAGUGUUACAAUUAUUAAGCUAGCAAAAUAUUCAUAUUAACUAGUGGAUCCCAUCUUUUUGGUCCGUAGUUCUAAGGGGAUAUAUAUAGCUACAUAGCUAGCUUAGGGUUGAUUA